AAUAUUUGUAUGAUAUCAACGCCAUCAAAUACACCAUGAUUGCUGGCCUCGCCGAAAGCUCCCCAACGCCGGGCCCAUAGAAUCGUCCGCACGUGCCAAUCGUACACUUACUGUAUUUUUUGAACCCGGCUAGCACGUGCCAGCCAAAUGUUUCUCUCUCUCCUCCGAAUGUCUAUCAGCUUACUCUCUCUCAAAUCAGAUCCCGCCCCCAAUCUGGUGGAUUUCUUUUUAUCACGGCGACACAGCCAUCGCGCAAUCGGCUCCGCCACUUUCGCGUUUCCGGCCGGCGCGCUGAGGUUUUGUUGGGCGGCUGAUCGGUAGGAUUCCGGGGAGAGAUGGAGUCCAUCUUGGCCCGAGCUUUAGAGUAUACGCUGAAGUAUUGGCUGAAAUCGUUCACCAGAGAUCAGUUCAAAUUGCAGGGACGCACCGUGCAGCUUUCUAAUUUAGAUAUAAAUGGAGACGCGCUGCAUGCAAGCGUAGGAUUACCACCGGCGCUGAAUGUCACCACCGCAAAAGUUGGCAAAUUAGAAAUUGUUCUUCCUUCCGUGAGCAACGUACAAGUAGAACCAAUUGUAGUGCAAGUUGACAGACUUGACCUAGUCUUGGAGGAAAAUGAUGAUGUGGAUCCAUCUAGUAACUCAAGCAGUACGGCCUCAACCAGUUCUGCAAAGGGUAGUGGGUAUGGAUUCGCUGACAAGAUUGCGGAUGGAAUGACAUUACAAAUUCAGACUGUAAAUCUCUUACUUGAAACUCAUGGUCGAGCUCGACGAGGAGGAGGAGCGACUUGGGCAUCGCCGAUGGCUUCCAUCACUAUGCGAAACCUUGUGCUCUAUACAACAAAUGAAAGCUGGAAGGUUGUAAAUCUUAAGGAGGCAAGGGACUUUUCAAGUGACAAGAAGUUUAUAUACGUGUUCAGAAAACUUGAGUGGGAACAUUUGUCUGUUGACCUUCUGCCUCAUCCGGAUAUGUUUUCAGAUGCAAAUUUUUUAAAUUCUCAAGGAGGGUCUAAUAGAAAAGACGAUGAUGGUGCAAAGCGAGUAUUCUUUGGCGGGGAGCGAUUCGUUGAGGGGAUCUCAGGAGAGGCUUAUAUUACAAUUCAAAGGACAGAGCUAAAUAGUCCUCUAGGACUCGAGGUUCAAUUGCAUAUUACAGAGGCUGUUUGCCCUGCUUUAAGUGAACCUGGAUUACGAGCUCUUCUACGUUUCUUCACGGGAUUGUAUGUCUGUCUAAAUAGAGGAGAUGUGAAUCCAAGUGCUCAGCAACGGUCUGCAGAAGCAGCUGGUCGCUCUUUAGUCUCUUUGAUCGUGGAUCACAUAUUUCUCUGUAUAAAAGAUGCUGAGUUCCAGCUAGAACUUUUGAUGCAAUCACUAUUCUUCUCUCGGGCAAGUGUUUCUGAUGGAGAGAAUGCCAAGUAUCUGACUCGGGUUAUGGUAGGUGGAUUGUUCUUGAGGGAUACAUUUUCACGCCCGCCAUGCACCUUAAUACAACCAUCGAUGCAGGAUGUGCCAGUUGAUUUCUCACAUAUCCCAGACUUUGGUGAGAACUUUCCUCCUAUUAUAUAUCCUUUGGGAGACCAGAAGUGGCGAUACAAUUGCAGUGUGCCCCUGAUCUGUCUCCAUUCUCUCCAGCUAUUGCCCUCCCCAAGCCCACCAAUUUUCGCUUCCAGAACUGUUAUCGACUGUCAGCCUCUAAUGAUUCAUCUCCAGGAAGAAUCCUGUCUGAGGAUAUCAUCCUUCCUGGCUGAUGGAAUUGUUGUUAAUUCUGGUGCUGUGCUGCCAGACUUCUCAAUCAAGUCUCUUGUGUUCAACCUUAAAGGUUUAGAUGUUACCGUUCCACUUGAAAUUGGAAAACUGAAUCACUCUUCUCAAAGUUGCAACAUGCCAUUUCCGAGUUCAUUUGCUGGGGCAAGGCUUCGUGUUGAAGAUUUGAUGUUUUCCCAGUCACCUUCCCUAGAACUAAGAUUUUUGAACCUUGACAAGGAUCCUGCAUGCUUCUGUCUUUGGGAAAACCAACCAGUUGAUGCCAGCCAGAAGAAAUUGACUGCUGGAGCUUCUCUAAUUAGUUUGUCUUUGGAGACCUGCAAUGACCUAAUUGGGAGGGGUAGUUCUUGCAACGAGUCAGGUUUGUGGAGAUGCGUUGAGGUGAAAGAUAUGUGUCUUGAGGUAGCAAUGGUGACUCCAGAUGGUAGUCCUUUAACAAAUAUCCCACCUCCUGGAGGGGUCGUCAGAGUAGGGCUUGCUUGUGAACAAUAUGUUUCAAACACUUCGGUAGAACAACUUUUCUUUGUUCUAGAUCUCUAUGCUUAUCUUGGCACUGUUAGUGAAAGAAUGGCUGUUGGGGAGAAAAACAAAAACCUGAUGGAAGCAAAAACUGAGUCGUUAGGUGGAAAUAUAAUGGAAAAUAUUCCUGGUGAUACUGCUGUAACUCUAGCUGUGAAGGAGCUGCAGCUGAGAUUUAUGGAAUCUACUUCUGACAGUCUGGGCAUACCUCUAGUUCGUUUUAUGGGUGAUGAUUUGUCCAUCAGAGUUGGCCAUAGAACUCUUGGUGGUGCAAUAGCAAUUUCAUCUGCUGUACGGUGGGAGAGAGUCGAGGUAGACUGCACGGACACUGUGAAUGACUUCAGACAUGAGAAUGGCUCUGACUUGACACUUACCCAAAGCGGUGAUGUGGAUGGGAAAGAAUGCCGUCAGUUAAGAGCUGUGUUUUGGGUUCAAAAUAGUAGAAUUUAUCAAUCAAAUCGUAAGACUGCUACAGUACCAUUUCUGGACAUAUCCAUGGUCCAUGUGAUUCCAUAUAGUGCACAAGAUAUCGAGUGCCACAGUUUAAAUGUGUCAGCUUGUAUUGCUGGUGUCCGCCUUGGUGGAGGAAUGAGUUAUGCUGAAUCUUUGCUUCAUAGGUUUGGGAUUCUUGGCCCUGAUGGUGGACCAGGGGAAGGUCUUACUAGAGGAUUAGAGCAUUUAUCUGGUGGACCUUUAUCAAAGCUUCUUAAAGCAUCCCCUCUGAUGAUGAAUGGGCUUGGAGAGAAUGGAAGUUUGGAAGAUGGAAAGCCUGGCAGCCUCUUGCAUUUGGGUGCCCCUGAUGAUGUGGAUAUAACAAUUGAAUUACGAGACUGGUUAUUUGCUCUUGAAGGUGCAGAGGAGAUGGCAGAUAGGUCCUUCUUCCCUUAUUCUGAAGAUCCUCAUAGAGAAGAGAGGAGCUGGCAUACACAGUUUAAGAGUGUGCAUGUCAAAGCGAAAAGCAGCGCGAAGCAUUUAAGAACUGGCAGCAUAAAACCAAGUGGAAAGCUGAAAUAUCCUAUUGAGUUGAUUACAGUUGGCCUGGAAGGUCUGCAGAUCUUAAAGCCAACGACAGCUCCCCAGGGGAUGCAAUUGGAUGGGAUUUCUGCAAAACAGAUUCUGCAGAAUGGUUUGCCUGAAAGUGAAAAGCCAGCUGUUGAGAGAUGUCGAGGUGUCAAUGUGUCAGUUGACGUUGUGACUUCUGAUGAAGACAUUGACGAUGCAACGGUCAAGUGGGUGGUAGACAAGUUUAAGUUCUCAGUGAAUGAGCCGAUUGAGGCUGUAGUGAAGAAGGAUGAGCUGCAAUAUCUGGCUUUCCUGUUCAAGUCUGAGGUUGACUCUCUGGGUAGAAUAGCUGCUGGAGUCCUGCGAAUUCUCAAAUUAGAAGGAUCCAUUGGCUCAGCAGCAAUCAGCCAACUAAGUAACUUAGGAAGUGAGAGUUUUGACAGGAUUUUUACGCCUGAAAACUUAAGUAGGCGCAGCAGCGCCAGCACUCUGGGGCUUAGUCCAUCGUCUAACGUAGCUCUGGGAAGUUGGAGUCCAGGCAUGGAGUUGACAUGGGCUUCUCUUGAGGAGGCAGUUUUGGAUUCAAAGGCGAAAUGUGCUGCUCUUGCUGAGCUGAGUUGUUCAGAAUCCUCCGCCGAAUACCUCGAUAAUGUCAAACAGCUAAGUGAAAAACUUGAAAGCAUGCAGAAAUUACUCAAUCAAUUUAAAACUCAGUUAUGAGAAAAUUUUCCCCCCUUUUUUUCUUCUGUUUCUUGAUAUAAUAUAGAAAAUUGGGUGAAACGUCCCAAAAUUCUAGAGUUUGUGUCUCAUCCUAUAAUUUCAUAAUUUUUUCUUGUAGAUAGAUAGCAUACAUACAAAUAUAUAGUAGUGUCUGUACCAUUUUGUGCCGAUUUAAAGUUUGUGAAAGGUCAUAGUUCAUAAGGAAAUUUUGUAUUUGAUAAAUGAUUACAAUAUCUUGAGUGGACAAAUAAAAUUUUGAUC